AUGGCCACGCCUUUAUACUCCCAGCAGACCCUCAGAACAGCUUUACGGACAAUAUUCUCCCGGAGUCGACCUAUCUGUCGGACCUGCCUGAGACCCUCCAAUACCUCCAUGGACCGGCGACGAACAAUCAGCAGCUAUGGCUAUACGCAGGCGAAAGCCCUCGUCUAUUCGAAAUAUGGUGAACCUGAGGACGUUUUGUCCUUACAUGGCCAUUCCAUAUCUCCCGCCGCCGGUACUAGUGUCGUCGUUCGCAUGCUCGUCUCCCCGAUCAAUCCUGCGGACGUGAAUCAGAUCCAGGGGGUCUAUCCCGCAAAGCCUAAGAUGACCACUGCCCUGGGCACUUCGGAGGCUUCUGUGGUAGCCGGAAACGAAGGAGUUGGAGAGGUUGUCAGUACAGGAUCCGGGGUCAAGAGCCUAAGUCGAGGUGACUGGGUGAUCAUGAAGAGCACAGGAAUGGGGACAUGGCGAACACACAUGGCAGUGGAUGAGAGUCAAUUGUUGAAAAUCGACAACAAGGAGGGAUUGACUCCUCUGCAAGUGGGAACAGUGUCUGUCAACCCAUGUACCGCCUAUCGCAUGCUUCUUGACUCGGCCAAGUGGGGUUUCCGAGGAGAUGAGUGGUUUAUCCAGAACGGUGCCAACAGCGGCGUUGGCCGGGCUGCCAUACAAUUAGGCCGGGAAUGGGGUUUCAAGAGCAUCAACGUCAUUCGAAGUCGGGAGAACAAAGAAGAAGAGCAGAAACUCCGCCAGGAUUUGCGCGAUAUUGGUGCGACCCAAGUGAUCACCGAGGAAGAGCUGAUGGGUCGGGAAAUCAAGGAUCAAAUCAAAGAAUGGACGAAUGGUGGUCGGGAAGAAAUCAAAGUCGGGCUCAACUGUGUUGGUGGAAAGCCUGCUACAGCUCUGGCCAAGUUCUUGAGCCCCGGGGCGACAAUGGUCACGUAUGGGGCCAUGAGCAAGCAACCGGUGAUAUUACCUGCAUCGCUGCUAAUAUUCAAAGAGAUCAAUUUCAAUGGGUUCUGGGUGAGCAAAUGGAGUGACCGGCAUCCGGACCAAAAGAAACAGACGGUUGAUGACGUACUUCGUCUCACAAGAGAAGGACGAUUUAUGGAUAUUCCGGUUCAAGAAUGCAGAUGGGGAUGGAAGACGGAAGUGGAUACUCUCAAGAAGGCCGUCCAGGGAACUCUCGCAGGGUUCAGGCCGGGCAAAGGCGUGUUUGUUUUUGAAGAAACCUGA